UUCUCCCCCGUGGGUGCGGAAAACGGAGCGUGGAGCCUCUCUGGGGCUGCUUCUUUGGCUCUAGGCCCGCUCGGGCGCGGCCUACUUUGGGGAAGCCGCCGUGACCUACCCCAAGGGCACGGAGGCGGGAAGAAGGAAGGCCCUGUUCGGGGUCCCAGACACCGGUGACAUUGGCCGGCCUAGUCGCUCUCCUUGCGUUUAUCUAACCGCUGCUCCGCCUUCCCCUAGGAGGAUGUUCUCGUCCGUGGCGCAUCUGGCGCGGGCGAACCCGUUUAACGCGCCUCACCUUCAGUUGGUGCACGAUGGCCUCACGGGCUCCCACAGUAUCCCCGCGGGGCCCCCUGGCCCUCCCCGCCGCUCUCGCAACCUGGCAGCCGCUGCUGUGGAAGAAUACAGUUGUGAAUAUGGCUCCAUGAAGUUUUAUGCACUGUGUGGCUUUGGUGGGGUCUUAAGUUGUGGUCUGACACACACUGCUGUCGUUCCUCUGGAUUUAGUGAAAUGCCGAAUGCAGGUGGACCCUCAAAAGUACAGGGGCAUAUUUAAUGGAUUCUCCGUUACACUUAAAGAGGAUGGUGUUCGUGGUUUGGCUAAAGGUUGGGCUCCAACUUUCAUUGGCUACUCUAUGCAAGGGCUUUGCAAGUUUGGCUUUUAUGAAGUCUUCAAAGUCCUGUAUAGCAACGUGCUCGGAGAGGAGAAUGCCUAUCUCUGGCGCACAUCACUGUAUUUGGCUGCCUCUGCCAGUGCUGAAUUCUUUGCUGACAUUGCUCUGGCUCCUAUGGAAGCUGCUAAGGUUCGAAUUCAAACCCAACCAGGUUAUGCCAACACUUUGAGGGAAGUGGUUCCCAAAAUGUAUAAGGAAGAAGGCUUAACAGCGUUCUACAAGGGGGUUGCUCCUCUCUGGAUGAGACAGAUACCAUACACCAUGAUGAAGUUUGCCUGCUUUGAACGUACUGUUGAAGCAUUGUACAAGUUUGUGGUUCCCAAGCCCCGAAGUGAAUGUUCAAAGCCAGAGCAGCUUGUUGUAACAUUUGUGGCAGGUUACAUAGCUGGAGUCUUCUGUGCAAUUGUUUCUCACCCUGCUGAUUCUGUGGUAUCUGUAUUGAAUAAAGAGAAAGGUAGCAGUGCUUCUGAGGUCCUCCGGAGACUUGGAUUUAAAGGUGUAUGGAAGGGACUUUUUGCCCGUAUUAUCAUGAUUGGCACUUUGACUGCACUACAGUGGUUCAUCUAUGACUCUGUGAAGGUCUACUUCAGACUCCCUCGUCCUCCUCCACCUGAGAUGCCAGAGUCUCUGAAGAAGAAGCUUGGGUUGACUCAGUAAUUAGAACAGAUAUGGACUGAAUCUGCUUGUUGAUCAGUGUUGAGGAAACUGCAAAAGGAACUUUUAUAUAUUUGACAGAGUAGGAAAUUGUCUAUCCCUGAUAUAAUUACUGUAGUACUCUUGCCUAAGGCAAGAGUUUCAAAUUCAUUGUUCAAAUAAACCCAGCUGUUCAUGAAUUGUC